UUGCAAGCCCGGGGAAAGCAGCGUAUGAAGCUUGCAAAAUAUGCAAUGACUCUCUUUUUAGUCACGUUCAACUUUAUCUUCAUUUUUUCGACGUGGUGGUGGCAAAAGUUCUACUACUUAUUCCUCCCAUUCAUAUCGCUUCCGCUCGCCCUCAACUGCGCAAUGGUAGCAUCCAUCAUAUUUUUCACCACAAAGCACAAAGUUCGCCCAGAGCGUACCAUAAUACCCGAAAGCCCCGAGAGCUUGGUAUUGCUCAUGCCGUGCUACAACGAGACGAUGGAAGAAUGUACAAAAUCAUUGGACUCCCUCGUUGAACAAGUGAACAUCGACCAGCACAAGAAAGCCAUUAUGGUGAUUUGUGAUGGGCGUGUUCGGGGCCCCGGAAUGGCUAAAACCACAGCCCAGUACUUGUUAGACGACAUUUUGAUUCGACCAACGGCUCGCCAUUUUAUCAGGAAAGCUUACUUGGCUUGGGAUAAUCAGUACAUGGACAUUGAGGUCUCAAAAGGUACCUACAAAGGAGUUCCCUUCUUUUGCAUCGUCAAGCAGCAAAACCAAGGCAAACGCGACAGCCUUAUUGUUAUACGGUCCUUCCUCUACAACUUCAACAAACGAGAGCAACAUCCUCAAGUAAUAUUUUCUCCGGAGUUCUUCUCCCAGAUGGCUUCAUUCCUGGUUAUAGAUGCAUCUAUCUCUAAUGUUGUUCACCUCAUUGGGAUGGAUGCGGACACGAUCUUUGAUCCAACUUGCAUCUCAGAACUUCUCAAAGAAUCCCGGUAUCCUCACACUGUGGGUGUCUGCGGGUAUGUUGCAGUUGAUUUCAAAUCUUCCAACUGGAGUGCGUGGAGUCUUUACCAAUCCACCGAAUACACCAUCUCUCAAGGUCUCCGCCGCUUACACCAGUCAAUCGCAACUCACAAAGUCUCCUGCCUCCCGGGCUGUUGUCAGCUCCUACGCAUAUGCUCAACUACCUGCGGCGACGAGAUUCUGCUGCAGAAAUUUGGAUACUGCCCGGGUCCGCUGGAUAGCAUGCUUAAGCAUAUCCGAGCAACCGCUAGUGAAGAUCGAAAUCACGUCUGUCUUAUGUUGACAACAUCCCCUAAGGCCCAAACCCGCCAGGCCUUGAGGGCUCGAGCAUAUACCGAUGUCCCACACUCGUGGAGCAUUUUCCUCAGUCAGCGAAGGAGAUGGACUCUGGGAGCGACGUCGAAUGAUCUGCUACUAACUUUUGCCCGAGGAACCAAUUGGUGGGAGAGGAUUCUUGCGUUCUCGAAUGUUUUGACGUGGUGCCUGAAUGUAUUUGUGCUGGCUAGUCUUGCCUGCAUGAUCAGGGCAUUCAUGACGGUGCCAUGGUUCAUCAUUGUCGCUUUUGCAAGUGUGAUGAUUAUCCCACUCAUCUACUACAUUGGCAUUGCGAUAUGGCUCCCACGCAACGCCGUUGAGCGAACGCAGUAUCUCAUCGGUCUCGCAAUUUUCACGAUUUGUGGACCAUUCAUCAACAUCUCAGUCCUCCUCUACGCGGUGUACAAUAUGGACUCCUUUGGCUGGGGUAAGACACGGCAGGUUGUCGCUGAGGAAACCGACAACGACAGCGAUACCGGCAUUGGCAGCCCAAGCUCGUUGGGCUCUCGACAUCUUCCUGACGACGAGGAAUCGCAGGUGGUGUCAGGGAAGCUGACUCGCGAUAUGCCAUUUACAGCUUCUCUGGGAAUUUCAGGGUUGUCUGGUUCGAAUUCAUGCCGGGAAGGUGGCGCAUGAAGCCAAGCUUAAUUAAGACAUGGACUGCAAACUCGCCAUCCAGCUAGUAUAUAAAAAUAAUUUCAACAUUUU